AUGGCAUCUUUCACACAUCUGCCCGCGGAGCUCAUGGAACUAGGACCGUCGCCUGAGGAGGACGUUAGAGAAGGCCAACGUUGGAUCACCCGUGACAAUCACUUUGAUGACGAGGCCAUGUACGGCCUAGCCAUGAAAACAUUGGAAGGCGAAAGCCUAGUCUCGAGCGACUACCUUCGAGACGCUCUUCUCAUGCGCGAAUAUGCAGCGUAUGCCGCUCUCAUCCUCAUCGUCCUUCCUAAGCUACAUUCUCUGCAUCUUGCAGACUUCAAAACUGCAAGCAUACAUCACGUUCACGCGAUGCUUUGGAGUCUCAAACCUACUGGGGGACGCAAUACACGCCAUGCUUCCGACAAUCUCAUGCAACAAUUGUCUGGUAUCAAAACCGGUUACUUUUAA